CAAGAGCAACGAAGAGAGACAGAGAUAUAAAUAGAGAGAGUUUGCAGCUUGUUGGACAGUACGUAUUAGUCAUUGUGGUGCUGUUUUAUCUGACUUCGUAUGUUCGUUGUUAUCUUCGUUUCCGGACAAGCGAGACAGAUCCACAGAACUGCAGUGUACAUAUAGAUCGACGGAGUAAAGAAACAAUAAAAGCUAGUUUGUGCGACGAGGAAAGGUUGGAAAAUGUGCAUUGUGUUUGUGGCGUUUUGGCCGAGUCCUGAAGCGGGACAGAACUCGGGAUAUCGUCUUGUGCUGGCUUCAAACAGAGAUGAGGAGUUCGGCAGACCUGCAAAAUGUGCUCAUGCCUGGAAUGACGGCUCUGGAGUGGUGGCAGGCAUGGACAUGACUCCUGGAAAGGAGGGAGGAACGUGGAUCGGCGUGAACGAACGAAACGGCCGAUUUGGCGUUAUCACCAACGUUCGUCAGUCGCUGGCGGACAUCAGGCCAGAUGCCAGGGGCAGAGGAUGCUUGGUGGCUGACUUCCUCCGCAGUGAGCAAACUCCGCUUGAAUACUGUACCAUGCUGUCGGAAAGGGCGGCGGAAUUCAACGCGUUCAACAUCCUGCUGGGUGAUAUGAGCACUGGCUGCCUGUGUUACUAUGGCAACAGAACUGGCGAAUCACCGCGCAGUCUUGCGCCAGGCAUCUAUGGGCUGUCCAAUGCUUUCCUUGACACACCCUGGAAGAAAGUUGUUGCUGGCAAGGAAUGUUUCUCGUCACUUCUGCAAACUGCUCGUGUAGAUGGCAUGGCUGAGGAUGAGUUGCAACAACGCUUGUUUGGCCUGCUUUCUGAUAAAACAAAACACUGGCCUGACCCGUUGAUGCAGGCAGAUGACCUUCCAGAGGAGUGGCUGCGUGACCUGAGUAGCGUCUGUGUGGGCUGUGAUUCGGUUGCCUAUGGCACACGCGCCAAGUCUAUCAUAGUUGUGACUGAUGACAAUCAAAUGCUGUUCAAGGAGACGGCCAUGCAGUCGCCCAUACAGCCUGGCCAGGAGCCCGUUUGGCAGACGUCCGAGUUCCGCUUUCCCGUCCCUGAAUCGCACCCGGAGCGGUCAGCUCGUCUUUAGUUUAGAGUUAAAGGGGAAGUUAAGGCAAAAAUUAAAAUU